GCACGCGGCACGCGUACCCGCGCGCGGCGGUAAAGAGGUCGCGCCUGUCGGCCAACCGACCGGUCAACAAGAGAAGAGAGUAGGAGAGCGGUAGUAACGAACGACAAGGCACGGAGACGGAGGUGGCGAAGGCGGAAGGUCCCAAAAAUCCUACACACACACACGCGCGCGCACACACACUCGACAAUCGAGUGAGAAAGAAAGGCGAAAAGAGGAAGAAGAGCCUCCGCAGCGAACCGGGGAAAACAGUGUGGGGUUUCGGCGCGGAAUGGAAUUGCACACGCCGAAGCGGGAGUCGCGAGCGUCGGCGGAGGCCCUGGAUCGUAGCCCGUGCGACACGUACUACCCUUGGAACUGGAGUGAGCUAGUGCGAAACGUGAAUCUCAGUCCGGGCAGCUCGUGCUCGUCCCCGGAGUACCGCGAGCACGGAUUGAGCGGCACGGACGGGAGCGGCGUCCUUAGCGGAGGCGGCGUCCUCGGUGCGAGAGGCGGCGACCGCGGCGCCGGCUCCGAGAGCCAUCGUCGUGGUCGCCCGCGCGCCGACGCGCUCACGAAUCUCAUGAUGCAAGGUAGCACGUCGCCGAGCAACAUCAAGUGCAAAUUCUGCAACCGGGUGUUCCCGCGCGAGAAGAGUCUGCAAGCGCACUUGCGCACCCACACCGGAGAACGUCCAUAUUUAUGCGAUUAUCCUGGCUGUACCAAGGCUUUUACUCAAUCGGGCCAGUUAAAAACUCAUCAACGACUACAUACAGGAGAGAAACCCUUUUUAUGCACCGAACCAGGCUGUGAAACGAGAUUCACUCAUGCCAAUAGACAUUGUCCCGACCAUCCUUAUGCCAACUUAACAAGAUCGGAUGACUUUGUAUUAAAACCAGUGUCUGAAAACAUGGAGUUGCCGCACGAAGUUACUCGAUGGCUGGAGCGUUACAAGAUGGCGAGAGAACGGGAGGAGAAAACACCGACCGGAAAGAGCGAACGAAAGAAAAAGUCGUGGAAGAGCACCGAGAACCACAAAAGGAUAAAAUCUAGAAAAGGUCUGAUGAUGGAUAUAGCGGGAGAACAGGAAAAUUUAGAUCGCAAACCACCGAGUCAGCGACUGUACUGCAGUGAGAGUCAGGAUAGUCAGGAUAGCCAGGAGGACAGCCAAGAUGAGGAUCCGACAGGCACGUGCUGCGCGAUACUGCAAACAUCCGAAGACGAAGAAGCUUCCAAUGCCAAGUUGGCGAUGACACCGUCGAGAAGACCCUUGGACAGACUACAACCAAAGAAACGAUGGCUACGAUACGCUUGCCUAGAACAAGCACAGUUGGAUCUGAACGGAGAAGUUAAAUCCAACAGUGCGAACUCUGCAUACAAAAUUGACGAGAAGCAGAGUCUGAGCGGAUCCACAGAAUCGUCCGAGUUACAUUGGUACACAUCAUUCGGCAAUUCUGAAGCGGACAACAAUAUAGCCACAUCGAGUAUGGAUAAUGAACUAGCAAUUCCAAAUGCACAAUUAGAAGAGCCUUCUUAUCCCAUCUCCUUGCAAACAUGGGAUAUGAAUCAGAAUAACGAAUCUCCGAAAGUGGUAGAGGGCUUAAAGAUUGGCCAAGAGACUCUAAACAAUUGGUGUUGUUACGAGGCAUCAAAUAACAUGCCGAGUAAUCAGAGUAUUUUUAAAACUAGUAUUAACGAAUAUAUUCCGAAACCUGAAGAUUCCGAAUUGAUUCAUUUCGAUUAUUCGGAGCAUACUAUUCAUAAAGAGACAGCGAAUCAAGAUACAUUGUACAACUUUCACAUCAGUGAAAACGAAACUAGACCAACAGUUCUAAUGUUGGCUAGUAGUACAAGUGGCAGCAAAGUUGAGAUCGUUCCAAAGCUACCUAUUGUAACGGACAUUGAUAAAACGCAUGCAGAAAUAACCGAUACUAUGACAGAGGACAAUACAGUUAGGUCACCAAUUCAGGAAGACAAUAAGAAAUGGCUGGGCGCUCUGGCACUGAUGGAAUUGGCCAAGACGCAACAAGAGGUGCAGAGUUUAAGUCUUAAGCACGACGUAAGCAACGAAUGUUCCACGGCUUUAGAACUAUAGCCAUUUAUAUAGACUGUGAUUACUCUGGUUAACUUUGUUAUUUUUAUACGCAAAAAGAAAAAAGAAGAAAAAGCUCCUAUGUCCAUCCUCAUGUAACACGG